GCUCCACGUCGCCUGUCAUGGAGUCUCAGCUGCUGCUUGUCUGGUUUUAAACUAAACUAUCUUAUUAUUAAUAAUAAUAAUAUAACUAAACGGUGUCAGUCCUCCAGAGCCACAGAGAGAGGCUCCACGCGCACACGCACGGUAACCACGGCAACCAGCAGCGGCAGCAACAUGUCUGCGGGAUCCGGGAACAGAAACACGGAACCCUGGGGAAGCUUCGAUGAGCCUCUUAUACAGGGCGGGGGGGCGGCAGUCAUCGACAUGGAGAACAUGGACGAUACGUCUGGCUCCAGCUUCGAGGACAUGGGGGAGAUGCACCAGAGGAUGAAGGAGGAAGAGGAAGUGACGGAGGAAGCCAACGCCACCGAGGACGACGCCACCGAGGACGGAGAGUUCCUGGGAAUGAAAGGGAUCAAAGGUCAGCUGGGCCGGCAGGUCGCCGACGAGGUGUGGCAGGCUGGGAAGCGUCAGGCGUCUAAAGCGUUCAACCUCUACGCUAACAUCGACAUCCUGCGGCCGUACUUCGAUGUGGAGCCGGUGCAGGUCCGCAACAGGCUGAUCGAGUCCAUGAUCCCCAUCCGCAUGAUCAACUUCCCUCAGAAGAUCCCGGGGGAGCUGUACGGUCCUCUGAUGCUCGUCUUCACUCUGGUGGCGAUUCUGCUGCAGGGCAUGAAGACGUCUGAGACUGUCAUAACUGAGGGGACUCUGAUGGGAACCGCUAUAGGAACGUGUUUCGGUUACUGGCUUGGCGUUUCCUCCUUCAUCUACUUCCUGUCUUACCUGGUCAACGCUCAGAUCACCAUGCUGCAGAUGCUCUCCCUGCUGGGUUACGGUCUGUUUGGUCACUGCGUCGUCCUGCUGAUCACCUACAACAUCCACUUCCACUUCCUGUUCUACGUCCUGUGGCUUGUGGUCGGAGGCCUGUCCACUGUACGCAUGGUGGCCGCCCUGCUGUCCCGGACCGUCGGUCAGACUCCGCGUCUCCUGCUCUGCGGGACGCUCUCCGUCCUCCACAUGCUCUUCCUGUUCUACCUUCACUUCGCCUACCACCGGCUCGUAGAAGGGCUGCUGGACUCUCUGGAAGGACCCAAGAUGUCUCCCAUGCAGCGGGUGGCCAGAGAUGUGCCUGAGCUGACCCUGAACGCCACGUUGAGGAGUGCGGCGGUGCUGCUGAGGAACCAGUGACGCCUCGCACCCCCCGAACACCCCCGCACCCCCCAACC